GGUUGGAGGCGGGGCCUCGGGCGGCGCGGGUGCCCUGCCGCCGCCGCGGGAGGGCUGGCUGGCAGGCGGUGGGCCCGCAGUAGCGCGGCGUCCGGGCUGCGCGACGGGCGGAUAGCCAUGGCUGCCUCUCCGGGCCCCGCCGGCGUUGGCGGCGCCCGGGCAGUGCAAGGCUCCGGCCUGUCCGGCUUCACCUUCGACUCAGGACUUGAGAUCAAAACUCGCUCGGUGGAGCAGACGUUGCUCCCGCUGGUUUCUCAGAUUACCACACUUAUCAAUCAUAAAGAUAAUACCAAAAAGUCUGAUAAAACUCUGCAAGCAAUUCAGCGCGUAGGACAAGCCGUCAACUUGGCAGUCGGAAGAUUUGUUAAAGUAGGGGAAGCAAUAGCCAAUGAAAACUGGGAUUUGAAAGAAGAAAUAAACAUUGCCUGUAUUGAAGCUAAGCAAGCAGGAGAAACAAUUGCAGCGCUUACAGAUGUAAGCAACUUGAAUCAUGCAGAAUCUGGUGGCCAGAUCACAAUUUUUACAGACAAAACAGGAGUUAUAAAGGCUGCAAGAUUACUUCUUUCUUCAGUGACAAAAGUGUUGCUGCUGGCAGACCGCGUGGUCAUUAAGCAGAUAAUAACAUCAAGAAACAAGGUUCUUGCAACUAUGGAAAGACUGGAGAAAGUGAAUAGCUUUCAAGAGUUUGUCCAAAUAUUCAGUCAAUUUGGAAAUGAAAUGGUGGAGUUUGCACAUCUAACUGGAGACAGACAAAAUGAUCUGAAAGAUGAAAAGAAAAAGGCAAAAAUGGCAGCAGCUAGGGCAGUGCUUGAAAAGUGUACAAUGAUGCUUCUCACAGCUUCAAAGACGUGUCUCAGGCAUCCCAACUGUGAAUCGGCCCAUAAAAACAAAGAGGGAGUAUUUGACCGAAUGAAAGUGGCACUGGAUAAGGUAAUCGAGAUUGUGACUGACUGCAAACCCAAGGGAGAGACUGACAUUGCAUCACUCAGUAUUUUUACUGGAAUUAAAGAAUUCAAGAUGAAUAUUGAAACUCUUCGGGAGAAUCUUUAUUUUCAGUCCAAAGAGAGUCUUUCUGCAACAUUGGAAGCCAUCUUGGAGCGUACAGAGGACUUCACGGAUUCUGCGUAUACCAGCCAUGAACAUAGAGAGCGCAUCCUGGAACUGUCAGCUCAAGCGAGGAGGGAACUGCAGCCAUUGAUUUCUGUGUGGAUUCAGGCUCAAAGCAAGAAAACAAAAAGCAUUGCUGAAGAACUGGAACUCAGUAUACUGAAAAUCAGUCACAGCCUCAAUGAACUUAAGAAAGAACUUCAUAGUACAGCCACUCAGCGGGCAGCGGAUCUGUUAAAAUACCAUGCCGAUCAUGUGGUUCUAAAAGCAUUAAAACUUACUGGAGUAGAAGGAAAUUUAGAAGGUUUGGCUGAAUAUGCCUGUAAAUUCUCAGAACAGAAAGAACAGCUUGUCGAGACCUGUCGAUUGUUGCGACAUGUAUCUGGGACAGAACCUCUGGAAAUAACCUGUGUGCACGCAGAGGAGACAUUUCAGGUGACUGGCCAACAGAUAAUUUCUGCUGCUGAAACAUUAACAUUGCAUCCGUCUAGUAAAAUUGCUAAAGAAAACCUAGAUGUAUUUUGUGAAGCUUGGGAAUCCCAAAUUAGUGACAUGUCAACAUUGCUAAGAGAGAUCAAUGAUGUGUUUGAAGGAAGACGAGGAGAGAAGUAUGGCUACCUUUCACUUCCAAAGCUAACGAAGAAUAACACAAACCUGAAAUCAUUAAAACAAGACAAGUCGGACUCUGAGGAGAAGGCCAAGAUUGCAAAGCUUGGUCUUAAGCUGGGUUUGCUCACCUCUGAUGUCAACUGCGAGAUCGAGAAGUGGGAGAAUCAAGAGAAUGAGAUUGUUCGAUGUGGACGGAACAUGUCCAGUAUGGCCUAUUCUCUAUAUUUAUUUACUAGGGGAGAAGGGCCACUGAAAACUUCCCGGGAUUUAAUUCAUCAACUAGAGGUUUUCGCUGAAGAGGGCUUGAAGGUUGCCUCGAGUGUCCAAGCUUUCUCAAAACAGCUGAAAGAUGAUGACAAGCUUAUGCUUCUCCUGGAAAUAAACAAACUGAUUCCUCUAUGCCACCAGCUCCAGACAAUAACUAAGACACCUUUGCAGAAUCAAGUGUUUCUAAAGGUUGAUAGAUGCAUCACAGAGGCGAGGUCUGUGAUGGCCAUUUUGGUCCAGCUUCUGCCGCUUUGCUUUAAGCUGCUGAAGAAGCUUCAGAUGGAAAACAACAGAUGGGUCUCAGUUACAAGUAAAGACUCGGUGGAUGGUAAAACUUGAGAACUUCUUGAGGUCAGAUCUUGGGAACACCAUAUGGCAAGGCUGACAUUUUUAAAAGCAAUAUGAUUCUUUAUAUUUUCAGAAAUUCAAUAAUUUUAUAAAGACAAUGACACUGAAAUCCUGCUUUAUUUUCUGAUCAUCAAACUGACUGGCUUUUUGACAACUAAUAAAUGCUAUGGUAGUUGCUAGAAUUCUAAUUGCAGUGUGAUUUUAAAACAAGCUAUUGCCACCAAUAUUCUUUUAAAGUCAAGCCAAAUAUCCCAACUGUCUGAAUGACAAUUUAAUCCAAAGAAGCUAUUUUGAAUGUAUGAUCACCUUUGGCAUAUUUUACCUGUUUUGUUUUUUAUUUAAGCUUAUCAUCUUACAGGGGCGUCCAACCUUUUGGUGUCUCUGGGCCACACUGGAGGAGUUGUUUUGGGCCACACACUAAAUACAUUGCGACACAUAAUCACAAAAAAAAUCUCAUAAUGUCUUAAGUAAAUUUACAAUUUUGUCUUGGGCUGCAUUCACAGCCAUCCUGGGCUGCAUGUUUGGACACCUGUGAUAGAACACUAAUUUUCGGGAGAAAAUACAGAGUGGUCUGGUUGAAAGCAGUUUUCCUUAACCCUGUAGACUCUUCUUCAGUCCGUCUAUUCACCAGGUGCAACUGGGCUGCUGGCCAUCACAGAUCAUCCAUGCUAGUGACACACAUUUGUCCUCUAAUCAGCAUCUCACAUAGCACGGGCUGUCUCUUGUGAUACAUAUCCCUCCCCAUCCCCUAAAGCAGAACCAUGGACUCACUCCACGGAAUCCUGGAGAAACUCACCAGGAGGUGGCUUUUAGUUCUAAUUCUAGCAGAGGUGGCCAGUCUGCCCUGAAUAUUAGCUGGAAUGUUAAACCUAUCUUACUGGCUUAAAAAAAAUAGUUUUUGAACUGUCCUCAGUAGUGACUGACGGGAUGGAAGAUGUAAGACAAUGAUGGAACCAAGAGGCUGUUUAAAAUUUGAAUAAUCAUACAUUUUAUAUAUGUACCUUUGGAAUGUUCAUUGUAAAACAAAUAAAUAUCUUUAGUCUUUUUAA